AUGGCGCUUGCUUUGCCAGUGCAGUGGCGACUUGGGCACAUGGGGCCUGGGCGGCGGCUCCACGUGGCCCGACAAUGUAGCAACCAGAGCUGGAGGGUCCAAGCGGCCACGCUGGGCGGAACCCUGGUCUCGCUGCUCAAGGCGCUGAGGCAGGCGGGUGUGGCAGAGCGAAGGAGGAGGCUCCGAGAGGCCACGACGGCCCAGCUGCGGAUCAUCAGCGCAGGGCUCCGCCUCCGGGCUCCGGGUGGCGAGGGCUCGCGCGCAGCUCUCAUGGCCAGGAUCGAGGAAGCUUUGGCCCAAGAUGCCAGGCUAGCUGCUCCCGACCAGCCGAUUGGCCGCAUUCUCCGAAGCUUCCCGACGGACAAGACCGACCAGUUCGAACAGCUGAUGAUCGAUCGGCUGAGUUGUGCAAAGCUGAAGGGCCUUUGCCGGCCCUUGCGCCUCAGUACUGCCGGCAGGAAGGCAGAGCUUGCAAACCAGAUCAUCGCGGAGCUCAUGGAGCGACAUCCGCCAGGCUUUCAAGAGCCAGAGGUUGUGAAGAUUCCGGCAAGCAUGCCAAGGGCCACAAGACCCAGCGGCCCUAGCGAGCCGAAAGUGCUUCACGACGCUUCUCCUCGAGGCCGCCGAGAUGAGUCUCCCGACCGCUCCGAGCCCGAGGAUGUCGAGGAUGGGGUGCUGAUACCAACAGUUCUUGUCAGCGAGGAGGAGAGAAGACAAUGCCAGCAAGCGGAGCGACGACAGCGGAGAAGGAACCGAUUCGCAGAAAUUCUGGCUGAGGAGCUAUCUUGCGUCGUGCAUCCCCAGCAGGGCGCGACUUGCUGA